AUUUGCAUCAAGGCCAGCAGAUUAAACGUGUGGGUUGGGAACUGGAGAGAGCGUGUUGUCUCGCUCGGGGCCCCUCCGAUGCCAGAGUUCCCGCUUUCAUCACGCAGGGCUUCAUGUUCAGUGCAUCCUUGCUGGUGUGCUGCUUCCUACUGCAGAGGAGCCUUGCCACCACAGAGGGGCAUCAUGGGACCAAGCGCCAGGUCUUCUAUGCUGUCCAAAUGAAAGGAGGCUCCAAAGCUGCCCACUCUCUGGCCGCGCAACAUGGGCUGGAGUUCAUUCAGCGGGUCGGCAGCCUGGAGGGCCUGUACACACUAAGAGACAGCAGGGGGCGCCCUGAUAGAGACACCUUUGAGGGGAGACUUGGGACUGCAGCAGGGGUUAUCUGGGUGCAAAGGCAACGCAGUCUUUACAGAGCCAAACGGGUGCCGCUGACGGGACAAGACUAUGAUCAGGCAAAAAGAUCCCAAAGGAAACGGUCUACAGUAGACGGCCCUUCUGAGGAGAGAAAGGAUGACCAGUCCCUCACCUUUAAUGACCCACUGUGGCCCAUGCAGUGGGAAUUGUUUGCGCAGGGUGAAUACAACCUCAGCGGGUUUGACCUCAACCUGAUGCCAGUUUGGAAGAACAACAUCACUGGGAAUGGGGUGGUCGUCACCAUCAUCGAUGACGGUUCAAACACAAUCAGCCCACACUCUAGUCCUUCCAGGAGCCCCAGAUGA